AUGGCUGAGACGACUUCUGAAUCGAAUGUUGGAACAGUCGUGACGCAGAAAAAGCCAAUUGGUGGCUUUCGUGGGGGGAUUGUCGGAUUUCUCUUUGGCUUCUCCUUGGCGUCAUCCUUUGCUGCAUACCACUUAUUAGAAGAAUACCAGAAAGCUUCUGCUGCUUUGCACGAGAGCGUAGAGGAGCUUAAACUUAGCACUGAGAAGGUUUCAGCGCAUGUUAGGCGCAUAGAGGCCGUCGAAAAGGACUUGAAAGCUCUAUCCGACGCGUCCGCGUCUAAAGACGACAUCUCUCGUUUCAGAGCAGAGGUGAAGAAACUUUAUGAUGGUCUGAACGUUGACUUUUUGGAUUUGCGGUCCCAUGUAUGGGGAAUUCAACAAGAUGUUCAUAAACUAGCCAAAAAAGAUUCGACAUCAGUACGUAUAUGA